AUGUCUUCUCCAAAUGAUAAAGCUCUUCAGCUCCGAAAUCUGCAUAUUCCAGGGAAACCUCUUGUCUUCGCCAAUGUUUAUGAUGCACCUACUGCCCGCAUAGUAGCAGCAAACCCUUCCUCCACUGCUCUAGCAACAGCCAGCUAUGCAGUAGCCGCCGUUCACGGACUUGGAGACGAUGACCUUGAUCUUCAGACAAACCUUGCGGCAGCUCGUCGCAUUGCACCCAUCGCAGCGGAGUUUAACAAGCCCCUCUCCGUCGAUAUGCAGGACGGAUACGGCCCACGCCUCGAGGAAGCUAUCGAAUCAAUCAUUGCUGCCGGUGCCUCUGGCUGUAACCUGGAGGACAGGGAUAACGAGACUGGAAAGCUGUUUCCACAUGAUGUCGCUGUGGAUCGAGUCCGUCGUGCCAUGGCUGCUGCUGUCAAGGCUGGAGCUCCAAACUUUGUCCUCAAUGCUCGUACUGACGCUGUUUUAUUGAACAAAGACCUCGAAGAUGCGAUUGUGAGAGGCAAGGCAUUCCUAGAGGCCGGUGCAACCACCGUUUUUGUUUGGGGUGGAUUGUCCCGCGCAGACGUCGAGAGGCUCACAAAAGAAUUCGGUGGAAUGCUGAACGUCAGUCUUCUCCCCAACGGGCUGACGGUUCAAGAAUUGGCAGAUAUCGGAGUUGCGAGAAUCAGCGUUGGCCCACGGAUGUGGAAGUUGGCGAUGAACACGGUCGAAGAACAGUCAAAGAAGCUACUAGAUGAUUACGCUGCCAUGCGAGCCAAAUAG